GUGUGUGCGUGUGCGCGCUGCUACUUUGUACUGUGAAGAACACACAGCCCAUGUGCUCUGUAUGGAUGUUGAUGAUACUCUGUGUAGCUUGAAUCUCUGCAAGCAGGCAAGAUGUCCAGCACACCACAUGACCCUUUCUAUUCUUCUCCUUUUGGCCCAUUUUAUAGGAGACACACACCAUACAUGGUGCAACCAGAGUACCGAAUAUAUGAAAUGAACAAGAGGCUCCAGUCGCGGACGGAGGAUAGUGACAACCUCUGGUGGGAUGCCUUUGCAACUGAAUUUUUUGAAGAUGAUGCAACCUUAACCCUUUCAUUUUGUUUGGAAGAUGGACCAAAGCGAUACACGAUUGGAAGGACCCUCAUUCCUCGUUAUUUUAGCACUGUCUUUGAAGGAGGUGUAACAGACCUGUAUUACAUUCUCAAGCACUCAAAAGAGUCAUACCACAACUCAUCUAUCACAGUGGACUGUGAUCAAUGCACCAUGGUCACUCAGCAUGGAAAGCCCAUGUUUACCAAGGUGUGCACAGAAGGACGUCUUAUCUUGGAGUUUACUUUUGAUGAUCUCAUGAGAAUAAAAACAUGGCACUUUACUAUUAGACAGUACAGAGAAUUAGUCCCACGCAGCAUUCUAGCCAUGCAUGCACAAGACCCUCAGGUGCUGGAGCAGCUGUCCAAAAACAUCACUCGAAUGGGUCUGACAAACUUCACCCUCAACUACCUCAGGUUGUGUGUAAUACUGGAGCCAAUGCAGGAACUGAUGUCAAGACAUAAAACAUACAAUCUAAGUCCUCGAGACUGCUUGAAGACUUGCUUGUUUCAAAAAUGGCAGAGAAUGGUGGCCCCACCAGCAGAACCCACAAGACAGCCGACAACCAAGCGGAGAAAAAGGAAAAACUCCACCAGCAGCACUUCCAACAGCAGUGCUGGGAACAAUGCAAACAGUACCAACAGCAAGAAAAAGUCAGCUGCUGCAAACCUGAGUCUAUCAAGUCAGGUACCUGAUGUGAUGGUGGUAGGAGAACCAACUCUGAUGGGAGGCGAAUUUGGGGAUGAAGACGAAAGGCUUAUCACUAGAUUAGAGAACACACAGUACGAUGCAGCAAAUGGCAUGGAUGAUGAUGAAGAUUUCAACAGUUCACCUGCACUGGGAAAUAACAGCCCAUGGAACAGCAAACCUCCUGCUAACCAGGAGACUAAAUCUGAAAACCCCACACCACAAGCUUCCCAAUAGGUUAUUCUGCAGCAGUAGCCACUGCAAUGUAUGUAGUGGGUUAUUAAUUACUGUUUCACACAUUCUUAAAAUAAAAUUAACCCUCCACACCUUUAAAUGGAUACAAUAUCUGUUUCUAAACUAAAGGUAUCUCAUGUGUUUUUUAAUUAGGGAAAACUCUUGUAUAAGCUUCCAUAUACAUUUCUUGGAAGCGUUCAGAUUCAAGGUGAUACUGGCACUGACCUCAGUUAAAAUAACUGCAAAUUAAAGGGCAUCUCAUGGCACAUUCCUGACAGUGCAUUUUAUUGGAAGGGGUUGUUUUUAUCCUCAUCGAACAAUGGCCAUACUUUAGCAAGUCAUCAGUGCUCAGGAUCUCAUUAACAUCACUAUGUAGAACUUUCUACAACUGUAACAUAUUUUCUGCUUUUCAACUUGCACCUGAAAUUUCUUGUUUCAGAGGAAAUCAGCUUUUAAGAAAAAGUAAUUUAAAGUAAGUUUUGUUCUUUCUUUGACUUUCCUUUCACCGAUUAAUCAUUUAAAGGAUCCAGCAUUUUUAAUUUACGUUUAGCUGAUGCCAGUAGAUACUCUUGCCAUCCUUUAAUAAAAAUGCUGAAACAAGAAAUGUCUUUUUUUCAUCAAAGACAUGAGAAAUAUUUUUAUGUGGAAAAAGACACCCAGUCCUAUGAGAGUUUAUGCUUUGUAAAAUUGCUGUCGAUCCAGAUAUUUUAAAGCCAUGUAAUCUAUUAACUUUGUGGGCAG